AGGAUGUGUCUGAGUGCGCAGGCGUGAAAUAAAUAACCUUUACAUUUGAGAGAAAAUGAUGCAGGUCGUGGUAAGAUUAUGACCUCUGAACGACCAAAAUGGUGACAUCCUGCAUUAUCGGAUUAUAAUUACCCAAAUGAUCGAAACUAGCUAACUUUUCAAAUCAGGGUUUUGGGAAAUUUGUUUAGUGGCAUCAGAGAUGCUUGUAUCUAUCUCUGGUGAUAUCCACCAAUACCACGACGUCGUAAAACUGUCGCUGAAUACGGCAGCAAACAUGGAACACGUUGGCUUGAUCGGCUAGAGCUGCUGGUUGAUACUAAGGAAACAGGACAAAUAUGAACCAGCGGGGAGGUGUAAAAACAGUUGUGUGUGUAAAGCGUUGUAAAUGAGGUUAGUUUGUAAGUCGCGUCUUGUUCGCGAUGUUCUUGUCGGUUUCUAAAAAUAACUUGGCGGUGUGUGCGAGAAGUGUGUGUUGGGCAGUUCCUGCGUCAUGGCGGCAGCAGCAGACAGGUGUGUGUGUGAGGGUAGAACUGAAGUUGCUGCAGAGACUUAAAAACAGAGUGUCCUCUGUCACCCAGUGGUCUAGCUACACACAAUAUCACACACACACCCCGCAGGACACGCACAUCCCCAGCCCAACGACCCCAGAGGUUAGCGGUCAAGAGCUAAAGGAUUCCACGGAAAGCGUCUCCCAAUCUUGUCGCCGCAGAGGUCACGAGAGGACGCAGGGUAACGACGACCGCUUUAGGUUUUACCCUACGGAUCCCUCCUCGUCUAACUCUCAUGUUCUCCUGGGGUUGAGGUUGUUCCCAGUGAGUUCUGGUGCGUUUCCAGGCUGGAGAGGUCUCUGUAGUGGAAAACCCCGUGAGACCCCAGCCGACUGCUCACCUGGAGUGGACCUGAAGGAAACCACCCAGCCAGCUGAUAGACCAUCUGAUCUUGGUCAAGGACUGUUCAAAUUUAAAGAACUGUAUGAGAACCCAUGGACUAUCCCCAACCUUCUGUGUGUGUGUCGCAUCGCACUGGCUCCAGUCCUGGGAAUCCUGAUAACUGAGCAACAUUUUCACCUCUCCCUUGGGCUGUUUGCUUUGGCUGGAUUUACUGACGUGCUGGAUGGUUAUAUAGCCCGUAACUGGCCCAGUCAGAAGUCUGCGCUGGGCAGCGCACUCGACCCAUUGGCUGAUAAAAUCCUCAUCAGCGUUCUCUACAUCAGUCUCACCUACGCACAGCUCAUCCCAGCACCUCUGACGGCGUUGGUGAUAGCCAGAGACGUUGGUCUGAUAGCGGCUGUUUUCUACGUCAGAUACAAGACUGUCCCACCUCCUGUGACUCUCAGUAAGUUUUUUAACCCCUGCUACACAACAGCGCAGCUCAAACCCACCACCCUCAGCAAGGUGAACACAGCGAUCCAGCUCUUCCUAGUAGCAGCAUCGUUGGCCUCACCUGUCUUUCACUACACAGACAGUCCGCUCCUGCAAGCCCUAUGGUAUAUUACAGCGGUAACGACGACUGUGUCAGGCUACAGCUACUAUCACUAUGGCAUGAAGACUGUCGCUGUGCUCAACAGCACCAAGUAACCAUGGCAACUCAGCAAGCGCCAAGUAACGGUUGCAACUUAAUACACUCCACAACCAUUGUUGCGCCUGAGUACUCAAGUUGAACACACACCCACGUGUGUUUGGAAAGACUCCGAAAUGAACUCUGAGUGUGUAUUUUUAAUCUCAGUAUUGCCAUGGGAACGUUUUGUAUCUGAUGAAUGUGAUUAAACGAUAAACCUGCUCUA